AUGAGAUUGUAUAAUAUUAAGAUAAUUUUAUUUUUAAUAUUUGUUAAAAAAAUAGGAUGCAGAAAUGCAAAUGAAUUCUACACAUUCAAGGACUCAAAAGCAACGUCAGUAUUUAUCGCACCAAAUAAUGAUUCGGAAAAACAUGGACCAAACAGAGCCUUUCAAAUAGGCUCCUCAUAUUGGUCAAGUCAAGGACACCAUAGUGACACUGAUUUUGUGUCAUGGACUGGAGAGCUUUACGAAAAGGCAACAAUAUCGCAAAUUAACGUAUUUUGGGAAUACGCUCCAAAGGAGGUUGAAAUUUCAUUAUCCUUGACUGGAGAUGAUUUUAACGUAGUAAUGCCAUUUAGACCAACAUUCGAAAAUAAACGCUCAUAUAAGGAAAAUUUUAAGCUGGAAAUGCCAUAUGAGACAAAAUUUGUACGAUUAACAUUGAGAGGAGCAAUCAAUACAUAUUUUGGAAUAAGGCAUAUACACCUAGUAGGCUAUGGUACACCGCUAUUUAUGAUAAAGUCUGGAAUUUCGUCAAAAGAAGGUGAAAUGUGUCUACAAGUUGAGGAAGGAACUGUUGAAAAUCAGCCCAGAGUCGUUUUGGACCUAUGCGUUAACGCAAUCGCAGCUUCAGAUGGAAGAGAGUUGUGGCGCCAAAAUUCAAGGAUGCAAAUUGUAAGCGCAGUUUCAUAUCCAGAAAUGUGCCUAACCACCGUUGAGUCAUCCAAAGUUGGUCCAGUGAUAAUUGAUAAUUGUAACGAGGACUCGUGUACAUGGGAAUUUAUGGGAAACUCACAAUUAUCAGUGAAGAACGCAAAUGAAUUGUGUUUGACGCAGAGGGAUGAAAAUGGAAGUGCGGCAGGCAUGGGUAAUUUGGUAGAGAAAUACAAGUCAGAGUUGAAAGUAACAUCCACCGGAAGCAGUGAAAAGCACGAGGAAAAGUACGCAGUAGACCUCGAUAAGAAGACUUACUGGGCAUCUUUAAUAUUUCCAGAUGAUGGAUAUCAUGUUACAAGUCUGACCCUUGACUUUGAUAAGAUGGUUCAUGCCUCAAGAGUAUUAAUUGACUGGGAAUACCAGCCUCUAAGUUAUACAAUAGAGGCGAGUUCAGAUAAAAUAACAUUUAAAGAGAUUUCGAGGAAUCUUUCAAACUCGUACCACACGACUACAGACUCGUUUCCAGGCACUGAUUUCAAACAAUUGAGGAUUGUAAUGAUGAAACCUCACUACUUACACGGCAAGGUUAGUGGUGGGUAUGUUUACGGAAUAAGAGAUUUGUCAGUUUUGACCAAUAAUUUGCUCACAGUUGUCGGUGAUUGCAGAGCGGCUGCGAACAGCGCAGACGCCAGAGAUAAGUAUUUUGUAUUUUAUGUGAGUGUGUUUGAGCCGUUGCUUUCUAAGAAGGUUAGAGGGAUGGAAUCGGACCUGAAUAGUGUAAUAACUGAAGUUUCAAAUGAACUAAGUCACUUGAAAGAAUCAUUAGAAGAAUCAGCAAACUGCAUGGACGAAAAGAAGGAUUAUGAUAAUCAGUUAAAUCUAGCGUCAAAAAAGAGCCAAGACCUUUGGAAACUGUUUAACUCAUCUACAAUUACAAAGUGUGACCCUUACACACUAGAAUUAUCAGUGAUUGGAGAAAACAAAAAUAACCCAGCAGAAGACUGUUAUAAUAUAUACAAUUUGAACCCAAAUGUAAAAUCAGGCUUUUACUGGAUCCAACCACCCUGUUCUAAAGCCCCGUUAAGGGUUUACUGCGACAUGGAUUCCCACACUUCAAUGUACAUUUGGAACGGAAAAGACAACUCAAUAUCAAUUCAGCCGUUGAAUAAUAUAAGAACACCAACUUCACUCAGGUUUCAAUGUGCUUCAUAUGGCCUCGAACCUCUUGUAAUCAAGUCUAGACGUCAAAUUGAUCACCUAAAAAAAGCUAUGAAACUCAUGCCACUUAGUAAUAAACUCGAUUCAUACCUUCCAUUGGCCUAUAAAUUCGGCUCUGAACCGAAAUUUAAAGAUUUUAUGAACAUUUUCUCAUUCAUUUCGUUUCCACAUGGCAACUCUGGUGUGGAAAACUCCAGUUCUGAUGAAUCAAAUCACGACAAGUUUAGCGAAUCCUCAGAGUUAGUUGAUUUACAUGUGAAUGCAGUUGGUAUUUCAAUGUCAACACAAGAGAUUGAGCGAUUUGAUCUUGAGACUUCUGACAUUUCAGGGAUCGCCUGUUCAACUAAUGCCACAGAUGAAAUUACAGCUCCUCUAGAGUUGGACUGUUCAGACUCUCUGGGGAAGUCGAAAAAGAUAUUCGGCUCGCUGAACACAAGUGUAAUUGUUCGCUGUGAUGAGGACUGUUCUCAGAAGGAGAAUUUGUUUAUUUAUGGUACAAACGGACUUUAUAGUGAUCAUAGUUCAGUUUGCCUUGCAGCAAUUCACGCCGGAAUUAUCAGUUCCCAUGGAAGUUUUGUAGUUUCUAUUGAAAAUGGUAGGAAGUACUACGAUGGCGAUAAGCAGAACGGGGUUCAGAGUUACUUUUACAAUAAAACUUGGCAUGGGCUUAAGGACAUAAUUCAUGAAAACGAAACAAAUGGUGAGAAUAAAGAUAAUUUUGAGCACAACGGGCCUGAUAGGAAGUAUAGUAUUAGGAUUUUACCACGUGAAAAACGAUGCCCAAUCGUUGAAACAAAAGGGUCAUUUCUACAAUUAAAUAAUAAUACUAAUUCCACUGAUACUGUUAAUGCUGUUAAUCCCAUUGAUAAGGUUAAUAAUGAUAAUACUAAUGCUACUACCAAAAAUAAAAAUAAUGAUAAUGUGGAGAAUGGAGAAACUAUUGGUGAUACAGUGUAUGAUCCUAAUACUGUAAAAUAUGCUAAUAAAGUUAUUGAGAUAAUGGAUUCGUUAUAUGGAGUUGAUAAUAAAACGGUUACAAACGUUGUUGAGCAGAUUUCAGUGGUUGUUUCACAAGCUAAGAAACACCUCAGAUCACUGGAACCAAUACAUAAUAAACAAAACGAUACCAUCACAUCACUGUUUGAUAAUGGAGGUUCAUUAAGUUCGAGAGUCCAUUCAUAUUAUGAUACUUUGGACUCAAGCAAGAUGUUGUAUUCCAAUCUAUUGACUGAUGAGAAGAAUAAAACUAUAGAUGUGUCUUCAGACUUUGAAUUAGACUAUCAUAAAAUGCCAUUUUCUAAGACGUUUACAGUCCACGAUAGCUCCAUGGCGAAUGGAAAGAGUAAUUGGGGGUAUUCAAACUCGCCAGUUGAGGGCCAUGAUUCAUACGUUGCACAGUCUGGAGAUUUAGAUUCAGAAUUAAUUGCAGAAGGCUCAUUUGCAUUUCUGAACCAUUUUAAGUACUUUGACUUUGAGAUCUCACUAAACGUUUUGGCCACAAAUGAAGGCUCAAUUGGUAUUGCCUUUAGAGUUCAUGACCAAUUUAACUUUUACCUGUUUGUCAUGAGUUAUUUCAAAUCAAAUAAACAGCUGAUCAAAGUUGAGGACGGAGUUGCAUAUGUACUUGCAACAAACCCUGAUGAAGGUUAUAACAAAAUGCACUGGUACAACCUAAAAGUUAACUGCACUCAUUAUUAUACUGAGGUUCAUUGUGACAAUCGACUCAUAUUCAGGGUGAUUGAUACGAGUUUUUUGUAUGGUUCAUUUGGGCUUUAUUCGUCGGGUUCAAAUGGCUCAUUUUACUUUGACAAUUUGUCAAUUAAAGCCAAGAACGUUAAACUUUUAGAGUCACCACUUCGCAUUGAAAGACUAAAACAUAUCAAGUGUUGUAACUUUUCGGAAACUUGUACAGGCUCUUUUCAAGAAAAUUAUAACAUUAUAAACCCUAAAUAUUCAAUCAACACCGAUUGGUCAUUCGAGAAAUUAUUUAAUGGUGAACAUAAGGUAAUACAUCAAGUGAAAGCUUGUUAUGAUCCACAUGAUAUUGGUUCUUUGGCCAUCUUGAAAAACGAUCGAUAUUGUAGUGGUGGAUUUUUCAGGUUUAGAGUUCUACCACAGUGUGAAUCUGGCACUGUGGGAGCAGUCGUUCACUACUUGGAUGAGAAGAACAUGUGCCUUGUUGAGAUUAACUCAAAGGAGUUUAGAAUAAGGCAGUUUUCAUCUGGGGUAGUGAAAGUUCUUGCAAGUGAAGAGGCGUCAAUUUCAAUUUCUAAGUGGAACGUAAUUGAAAUUGAGCUUACUGCCACUGAAAUUAAGGCCAGAGCAAAGACAAAUGUGCCUCAUAAUUUUAUUUUAAAGUCUCUUUUGUCCUCAUAUGACUUUAAAGUUUCAGCCACCAUUGAGCCGAAUAAGGGCAAUUCUCUGGGCCUCAAAUCCUCAGCUUGUAGCUCUUGUUACUUUGAUAGCUUACAAAUAUCACAUUCCGAGCCAAAGGAGUUAAAUACAAAUUUCAUGGAGACCUCUGUAUCAACCGCUUGGGUGCCUUGUCUUGCCUCAAAUCUUCUUGAACGCAGAAGAUUGUGCGGUUUGAUUACCAGAAAUAAUGCCCUAGAUGAGUGCAUGUCUGACUUUUGCAAUCAGUGUUGUAGUCAUCACACGAGACUGUUGGGUGAUCACGUGACUCUAAAGUGCACCAAGAAGUGUGACAAGAACAAUUUACUCUUCAAGAUAAACUCUGGCAAAUUUAACAGUUACUUAAGUGCUUGCACUUCAUUUCAAGGUCCAGCCUUCAAUCAUUGCAAUUUGGACCCCAAUUGUCUGUUUCACUCUUGCAAGCUUUGUUGCAACUCUGGCUACUAUAAUCAAUUUGACGACAAACGUAAACUUAUAGAAUCAACUUACUGCGAAAACAAGUGCAAAAUACUUAAAAUACAUGCUUAA